CUGAGAGGAAGUUGCAGAGAGGAGGGAGCUGGGCUCUUCUCUCAAGUGACAGGGGACAGGACAAGGGGGAAUGGCCUCAAGCUGUGCCAGGUGAGGGUCAGACUGGACAGCAGGAAAAACUUCUUCACCAAAAGGGUCAUCGGGCCCUGGCAGAGGCUGCCCGGGGGGAGUCACCAUCCCUGGAGAGGUUUAAAAGACGGGGAGAUGAGGAUCUCAGGGACACGGUUUAGUGGCAGAGGGGAAUGGUUGGACUCGAUGAUCCAAGAGGUCUUUCUCAACCCGGUGAGUCUAUGACUAUGAUAUGGGCCGUGCCCGCGCCAUUGGAGACUUCCGGCACGGGGGAGGGCGAGACCGGAAGCUCCUUUGGGGAAGCACCGGAAGCGUCCCUGGAGAGGGACCGGAAGCUCCGUGCCUCUAGCAACAGCGGCGUGCAUAGCAACGGCGGCGGCCAUGCCGGUGUGGCUGCGGGAGUACAGCUGGCGGCAGAGCCCCUCGGCCGUGUACCUCUCGCUGCCCGUGCGCGGCCUGAGGGUCACCCCCGGCAGCAUCUUCUGCACCGAACAGUACUUGAAGGUAAGCAUCCCUCCCUUUUUAUUUGAAGCCAUUUUAUAUGCUCCUAUUGAUGACACAAAUAGCACAGCAAAGAUUGGAAAUGAAGUCAUCUUCUUCACGCUGUAUAAAAAAGAAGCGGCCAUGUGGGAUUCCCUAACUUUAGCAAAUGCUAACAAGGAGAAACUGCAAUGCCUAAGAGAGAAUGCUGUUCUAAGAGCCCAUGAAAAGGCAAAAGAAGAGACGGAAGCAAAAAAAGUUACGAAACAGGAACACAAAAAAUAUGCUUUGGAGGCCACGAUGAAGCUAGAAGAAGCAGAAAGAAAAAGAAUUGAAGAUCUGAAAGAGAAAGAGCGGCAGAAAGUCACUAGGGACUUGGAAUUAUGGAAAAAACAACAAGAUGCUGAGAAACAAAAGCGGGCACAAAAAGAAGUGGAACUGCAUCAGGAAGUAGAACAAUUAAAGGAGAAGAAAAAGGAAAAAAUGAACAAAACUAGGAUUCCUACUGAAGAAACUUCCAAAACCAGGCUCAAAACAACCAGAGGUCAUGGCUCCUAUAGUAUGUUUUCAGAAAAUUUAAAGGAAGAACAGCUACCAGCUCCUCGAGCUGCUGCUACAAUUAAAAUCAACUUUACUUCACGAGUAUUUCCUACAGCUCUACGAGAAUCUCGUGUUGCAGAAGAGGAGGAGUGGCUACGUAAACAAGCAGAAGCUCGAAGAACAAUAAGUGCUGAUUUGUCUGAGCUGGAAGAUUUAAAAGAAGAGGAGAAGAAUCCAGACUGGUUAAAGGACAAAGGAAAUAAAAUGUUUGUAACAGGAGACUAUCUUGGAGCUGUAAAUGUGUAUAACCUCGCUGUGCGGCUAAACAAUAAGCUUCCCCUGCUGUAUCUGAACCGUGCUGCUUGCCAUCUUAAACUGAGAAAUCUACAUAAAGCUAUUGAAGAUUCCUCUAAGGCACUAGAACUGCUGACACCACCUGUUCCUGAUAAUGAGAAUGCUCGAGUAAAAGCAUAUGUGAGACGUGGAACAGCAUUUUGUCAGCUGGAAUUAUAUAUGGAAGGUCUUCAGGAUUAUGAAGCAGCACUCAAGAUUGAUCCUAAAAAUAAAACUAUAGAAGAAGAUGCUGUGAAGAUCCGACACCUAAUUCAAGGAACAACGCAAGAUUCUUAACACACACAUACACACACGGAAAGUUUUGAGAGGAAUGCCUUCUGAGGGUAUCAGAAGGCAUCUCAGUUCUUGUCAAUAUGUUGUUAACUGGACAUUUUGCUGUUUCACUCUGAACACCUACAGAAUUGGUAAAAGACUGGAUAUAUGAAUUACUGUUUUUAGAAAGUAAAGUGUUAUAACAACUCUGAUUAGAUAGAUUUUAUAUAAUUUUGAUACAAAGUCAUCAUUUUUGCUUUCUGUGUAAUAUUAAAACACGCUUUUGGUACUGGAUUUGAAGUUACUCAUAACUAAAAUAAAUAUUUGUCUGGAAAUUUCUACUGAAUCUAGACAAUGGGUUUUCCAACGCCCUCAGUAGCUCCAUUUAGUCAGCACCUGUUAACUUCUUAUCUUUCUGUUCACUAUCAAAGCUGAAAGUUAAGUGUUACAUGGUUAUGGUUAUAUGCUUUCCUCUGUUCUUGUUGUUCCUAGGUUUUGGCAUGUCUGAAACUAAGAUAGGGAAUUUAGAUACUCUAAUUCAGGCAUCCAAUUUGGAAAGCCUCCACCUGAAAGCACACAGUUACAUUUUAUGUCAUGCAGAACAUUCUUUUUAGCAUUGAAUAAUGUACAUUAAAAUUUUCAGGCUGUUUUGAAACAUUUGUUUGGGCUGAACAAAGAAAGUAAUUGGAACAAUUAAAAACCUGUAAUGUGGUAUUGUAGAGUAGUGGUAAAUUUAUCCUGUGAUAAAUUGUCCAAUCAAUGCAUAUGACUUACUUCUUCCAUCCUACUACAAUUAGUAAUUUUACAGUGUAGCUGUAAAGCAUAUUCUAAGUCAUAAACAUUGUUACAUAUAUGAUGAUAUAUAUUUUUAAUGAGCUGGGGUUUUAAUUUGUAGUCUGUUGACAUAGGGCAGUAUCUCUGCAAUACUGGCUUGAUUAAAGAUUCACAAAAAAGGGACAAUCCUGGUGAGCUUAUAAGUGGUGUAAAAUGACAUGAAGCAUUACACUAUGCUUUGAAGUCCUGCACCUGUUGUUUUGGAAAGCGGCAGAGUGUAAUGUAGAAUUGUAUUGUUUAUGUAGAUACGUUAGCAUUUGUAUCACUGUGACAGCCUCAAACACCCGACUUGAAGUGGUUCUGUUCUGUCACGUAAUCUGUCCCAAUUGUCACCAUCCCUCAGGAGCAGUUUUUAGUGGACUUCUGAAUUUUCCACAUCAGUCUGUUUCCCAAAUACCAUUUAUGACUGAUUUCUGUCUUUAGAAGAGAAUAUUAAUUAUGUAGAUCAUAGAAUCACAGAAUCACCAGGUUGGAAAGGACCCACGGGAUCAUUAAGUCCAACCAUUCCUAACACUCCCUUAAACCAUGUCCCUAAGCACUUCAUCAACCCGUUCCUUAAACACCUCCAGGGAAGGUGACUCGACCCCCUCCCUGGGCAGCCUCUGCCAGUGCCGGAUGACUCUUUCCGUGAAGAAUUUUUUUCUGAUAUCCAGCCUGAACCUCCCCUGGCGGAGCUUCAGGCCAUUCCCCCUUGUCCUGUCCUCUGUGACUUGGGAGAAGAGCCCAGCUCCCUCCUCUCCACAACCUCCUUUCAGGUGGUUGUAGAGAGCAAUAAGGUCUCCCCUCAGCCUCCUCUUCUCCAGGCUAAACAACCCCUCUCAGCCGCUCCUCGUCAGACUUGUUCUCCAGCCCUCUCACCAGCUUCAUUGCUCUUCUCUGGACACACUCCAGAUCCUCAACAUCCUUCUUGUGGUGAGGGGCCCAGAACUGAACACAGUACUCAAGGUGUGGUCUCACCAGUGCCGAGUACAGAGGGAGAAUCGCCUCCCUGGACCUGCUGGUGACCCCAUUUCUGAUCCAAGCCAAGAUGCCAUUGGCGUUCUUGGCCACCUGGGCACACUGCUGGCUCAUGUUCAGUUGCUGUCAACCAACACCCCCAGGUCCUUCUCCUCCGUGCAGCUCUCCAGCCACUCUUCCCCCAGUCUGUAGCACUGCAUAGGGUUGUUGUGCCCCAAGUGCAGGACCCGGCAUUUGGCCUUGUUGAACCUCAUGCCAUUGGCCUCGGCCCAGCGGUUCAGCCUGUUCAGAUCCCUUUGCAGAGCCUCCCUACCCUCCAGCAGAUCCACACUUCCUAUGUUAUUCUCUGAAACUUUUAUACUCUUGGAGCAGGAAGAAGGUGGCAGGUGUUGCUUUAAAUUUCCUUACUUAAGAGCCUUGAGAGGAGUGCCGAGGUGAGUCAAAGGUGUCUAGGGUAGCUGCUGUUCCUUACUGCCUGCAGAUACCUGCCACAUUGCAACGGGAAGCAGUGACAAUACUUUAUUUAUAGCAGUUGGAAGUAGCUCUCGUGCCUCAUUUGAACGUUACGGUAUAGGUGCCAAAGUAUGCCUAUUUUCUGAGUGGAAGUGGGGGCUAAGGAGGAGAGGCACUGGCAAUAGGAAAAAGAAAAUGCAAAGCAGCAGACACUGGUUGCAAUUUCCUUCCUCAUUUUCUGUUUUGGUUCCACAGCCCAUUAGAACAAUCUGUACCAUCUGUACAGGCUACUUGUGUUGUAGUGACUUCUUACAGCAACUCAUGGCUAUUUUUGAUGUAGACAGGCACCAUUUUCUACUGCUAUGAAAUACAAACAGUGCCUUCUUUAAAGCUUAGGGAAACAGAUGUGCUCGGUGGCAUGAACAGUAUCUGCUUGUUUCAUCUGAUUAUAUUGAGAGCAAAUGGAUGGUUAAACUUCUGACUUCAAUACCUGAGCUGCUGCUGCGUACAUCAUAUUGAAGUCAGAAUCAUAGAAUCAUAGAAGAGUUUGGGUUGGAAGGGACCUUAAAGCCCAUCCAAUUCCAACCCCCCUGCCAUGGGCAGGGACACCUCCCACUGGCUCAGGCUGCCUAAGGCCCAUCCAACCUUGAACACCUCCAGGGAUGGGGCAGCCACAGCUUCCACUGGGCAGCCUGUUCACCACUCUGAUCAUGAAGAAAUUCCUCGUAAUGUCUAAUCUAAAUCCGCCCCUCUCCAGUUUAUAGCCAUUACCCCUCGCCCUAUCACCACAAACCUUUAUAAACAGUUCCUCCUCAGCUUUCACGUAGGCCCCCUUCAGGUUCUGGAAGGCCAUAUACAUUAUGUUGGUA